CUGCUAGGUGGCGAUAAUGUACCAAAGAAAUGGUUUGUGGCCAACCACUGUAAAAAGCUUAAAGAAGAAGAAGAAGAAGAACAUCACAACCCGCCCUCAGCAAAGGAAGAAGAAAGAGGCAACAAACAGCUGUGUUUCAUAGGACAGAAUGGAUGAAGAACCUGAGAGGUCUAAACGCUGGGAAGGCGGCUAUGAAAGGACAUGGGAAGUUCUGAAGGAGGAUGAAUCUGGCUCACUUAAAUCCACAGUGGAAGAAAUCCUUUUCCAAACCAAAAGGAAAAGGGUAUUAGAGAGUCAUGGACAAGUGCGGCUUGGAAUGAUGCGUCACCUCUAUGUGGUGAUAGACUGUUCAAAAGCUAUGGAAGAACAGGACUUGAAGCCAAAUCGUCUCACUUCUACUCUAAAGUUGAUGGAAUUGUUUGUGGAGGAGUAUUUUGACCAAAAUCCUAUCAGUCAGAUGGGCAUUAUCACAACAAAGAAUAAACGAGCCGAGCGGCUGACUGACCUGGCAGGAAACCCGAAGAAGCACAUUGCUGCAGUGAAGAAAGCGGUGGACACUAUCUGUGUGGGAGAGCCAUCUCUCUACAACUCUCUCAGCCUGGCUGCACAGACUCUUAAGCACAUGCCUGGACACACCAGCCGAGAGAUCCUGAUCAUCCUGAGCAGCUUGACCACCUGUGACCCAGCCAACAUCUAUGAGCUGAUCAAGACCCUGAAGUCUCAGAAGAUCCGUGUGUCUGUGAUCGGCCUUUCAGCAGAGGUUCGGGUGUGCACUGUGUUGACCAGGGAGACGGGCGGCUUGUACCAUGUGAUCCUGGAUGAGGGACACUUUAAAGACCUGCUGAUGCUCCACAUCAAACCUCCUCCAGCCAGCUGCACCUCUGAGUGCUCUUUAAUACGCAUGGGUUUUCCGCAGCACGUCAUCGCCUCCCUGAACGACCAGGACGCCAAACCGUCAUUCUGCAUGUCUCAUUUGGACAGCAGUAGCGGUCCAGGUCUGUCUCUUGAUGGAUACUUCUGUCCACAGUGCCGUGCCAAGUACUCGGAGCUUCCGGUAGAAUGUAAAGUCUGUGGUUUGACUCUGGUGUCUGCCCCUCAUCUCGCCAGAUCGUUCCACCACCUCUUCCCCCUACAGGCAUUUAUAGAGAGUAACACGAACGAGCACCACGGAGACAGGUUCUGUCAAGCUUGUCAAGCAGAACUGAAUGAUAAAAGUGUUUUCACCUGUCCGUCGUGUCACAGCGUCUUCUGUGUGGAGUGUGAUUUCUUCAUCCACGACUCGCUGCACAUCUGCCCUUGCUGCACGCACACUCAAAAUGCUUCCUCAAGCUGAGAGGCGUUCUGCAUCAUUCUGGCUUCACUCCAAGCAAGUCACAGGUCAUCUGUGACGCUCCUGCGUCCCUCUGUGCUGUCAGACUCUAUAUGGAUGACAUGGAACUAGGUCAGAGA